UGAAGAUUUUAAAAAAGAGGAAGACAACUUGUUAGAUGCUCAAAAUACCACAUGGAACAGGUUGGAAUGAACACAGGGUUGAAAUUUUAUUUUUGAAAGAAUGUCUCAUGAAGAAGAAAAGGAACAGGACCUCAACAUAAAUUCAGAGGGAGUUAAUGAAAUUACUCUCAACAUUUCUGAAAAUGGCAGAACGCAGUCACUUGAAAAACCUGAUGCAAUUGGAAAUUCAUCAGAUUUGCUACCUGAAGGAAAUCAGAAUGAAACCGAAGCUAGUUGGAAUGCUAACAGAAUUCAGAAAGUAUCCUCAGAAGUUUCUGAGACAGAUUCAAAGCCAAAUACAUUAUUAUCACAAUCAAUUUCUGAAACUGAAGCUAUUUCAUCAACAAGCAAUUUGUCUGAGGAAAAGUCAAGUGAAUUCCAGGAGAGUUUAACAGAAGAAUUGAUAGAAGGCCAUUCUAAAAACAUUGAAAGAGAAUCAGGAAACUAUAGUAUUAAAAAUGUAUCAAUUUUGAUGUCUGACAUAAAGGAUACCGAACUUGUAGCUUAUCUCUAUGCUGAAGGUUUAAGUGAAAUCCCACCAGACUUUCUUGAAGGGCAAGCUAGAAAAAGCCUAUUACAUUCUAUAGAGAGUGCUACUGUAGCUCAAAAAGGAUCUGUAGAAAUUAUGUCAGAAAUGAUGCUUGAUGAAUAUACAGUACAAUUAAACUCUAAAGGACUGGUUGAAAUUCCUACAGGGAUUUUUGACGUCAAAAUGUUACAUUAUUUGUACUUAGACGAUAAUGAGAUCAAAACCAUCCCAAGAGAGAUAAGUUUGUUGAAAAAUCUGGAAGUAUUAUCCAUAGAUGGAAAUCAGUUAACCUCAUUACCUCUUGAAAUUUCUCUUCUUAAAAACCUUAGAACUUUAAACCUCAGUCAUAACCAAAUUUCAUGGCUACCCAGUGAAUUUUCAAAUCUUUCAAGCCUGAAAUGUCUUUUGAUCAGUUAUAACAACAUUGAAAAUUUUCCUUCUGCAUUGGAAAGCCUUAAGAAAUUGGAAAUUUUAGAUCUCAGUGGAAAUAGAGUAACUCUGCCAGAGACUUUAACAGCCAUGAAAAAUUUAAAUAUGCUCUACUUAAAUGCCAAUAAGAUGACAAUAUUUCCAAAGAUUCUGUGUUAUCUUCCAAAUCUAAUUAAACUAAGUUUGUCAGAAAAUCAAAUCCAGAGUUUACCAAAGGAAAUUAAAGAACUCAAAACAUUAAAAGAACUUUUGCUAACUAACAACAAACUCUUAUUUUUGCCUGUACAGCUCUUUCAAUUGAUACAUAUAGAAAAACUGAGACUGAAUGGUAACCAGCUAGAAAGUCUAUCAGAUAAAGUAGAGAACUUGCAAAUGCUUCGGGAUCUCAAUCUUGCCAAAAAUGUAAUCAGAGACAUUACAGAUAAUCUUUGCCACUGUACCACGCUGGAAUGUCUUAAUCUUAAUGAUAACCAAAUAAAAACUCUUCCCCCCAAUCUGUACAAACUAAAGUAUUUAAAGGAACUCUACUUAAGCAGAAAUCAACUGAUCAUGUUAGAUGAACAAAUAGCAUACAUGAAAGAACUCACAAUUUUAGAGCUAUCAGGGAAUGCUUUAAUGUAUAUCCCUGUCGAAAUCAAAAGUUGUACUGAACUCCUUAAAAUUGAUUUAAGUUACAACAAGCUGUCCUUAUUUCCAGUUGGACUGUGUGCACUGGUUGCUCUUCAACACCUAAAUCUUUGUGGGAAUUAUAUUUCAGAAAUAACUACUGAAAUUUCAUUUAUUGAAAAACUGCAGCAUCUAAAUUUCAGUAAGAACAAAUUGCCUUCAUUUUCUAUAUACUUGUGCACUCUUUCCAGAUUAAGGUAUUUAGACCUAAGCCACAAUGAAAUAAGCAGAAUUCCAACAAAUAUAGAAAAGAUGAAGUCUCUUCGAGUUCUGCUGUUACAGCAUAACAAGUUUAUUUUGUUUCCCACAGAGUUAUGUAUGCUAAAUAAACUUAAGGUACUUGAUCUUUCUCAAAAUAAGAUACAACUCAUUCCUUCAGAUAUUAAAGACCUGCAAGAACUAAAAGACUUUAAUUUGUCCAAUAAUCAGUUUGCAUCUUUUCCAACUGAAAUAUGCCAGCUUUCAUCACUGCAGAAGUUAACAUUAUGCCAGAAAAACGGAUUAAAGUUAAAGUUACUUCCAGAAGAGAUAUCAAAGCUGAUAGCCCUUAAAGAGCUUGAUGUAUCUCAUAAUGAAUUACAAGAAAUGCCAGAAGGUAUAGGAGAAAUAAAAGACUUGGUCACUUUAAUAGCUAAUAACAAUUGCUUAACAAAGCUUCCCUUAAGUUUUUCAUCACUCCAAAAUUUACAGCAUUUGAAUCUGAAAGAAAAUAAAAUUGCCUGUUUGCCUAGUGAUAUCCAACUUCUUCUGGAACUGAAAGAUAUAAAUUUUGAUGGCAACACAUUGAUUCGACCUCCAGCAGAAGUGUGUAAAGGAAAACAACUACUCCCCAUAACACACUACUUAGAAAGUGCUGACAGAAGAGAUGAAAAAAUUUUGGAAAAAGUAUUGAAAACAAUAGCCAGCAAUGUUCCUUUUGAGCAUUUUGAAUUUUUUUGUCAAAAACUUCAACUUAACAGUGCCGUAAUCAAAUCUAUGGAAAAUAACAGGGCCCUUUUGUUAGAAGAAAAGGUUACCCAGGCUUUGAACUACUGGAAAACUGAAAACCAAGAACUAUCUCCAGAGGCCAUGACAGACCAGUUGAUUCGAGUACUGACCAUGUCAGGCCUGUAUUAUCUGACCAACAAAGUGAAAUCUGUAAAACUCUAUUCAAAACUUGUCAAGUUCUGAAAAGGACAUAACCUGUAUUUUCAAUUCCAUUCUGGGGUACAUUAAGAUAAAUAAAGUCAGCUUAUCAGAA